AUGAAGAAUGAUUCAUCAGAAAAAUUCUAUGCUUGGUUCGAUGUUUCAAAUAAUCUCGAUGAUGAACGUAGUUGGAUACGAAAAUAUAUUGAAUUUGAUCGAACAAAACGUACAUUGACAUUGUAUUCUAAUGAUUGUAUACAAUCAUCAAAACCAGCACCAAUCGUUGAUUUAAAUAGUGAAAUGAUAUCGUUAUCAUCAUCAGCAACAUCUUCUUCAUCAUCAUCAUCACUUUGUACGUCAUCAAUACUAACAAAUAAUAAUAGUGGACGUUCAUCAGUUAGUGUUCGUCGACCCAGUUAUAUGUUACAAUCAUUAUCAGAAUAUAUGUCACCAUCAUUAUCAAAAGCAUUUUUUUCUUCGUCAACAGCUAAUGAUGAUAAAACAGCAACAUUAACUCCAUUGAAUAAUAAUCCAAUACAAUCAAAUUCUAUUCGUCUUGCAUCAUUCACGGACUCAUUGUCCGAUCGUCUAUCUUCAAUAACAACAACGACAACUCGGCAAUCAAAAACAAAAUUUUCUUAUUUUUUUGGUCGUUCAUCAGCAAAUAAUAAAUCAAGUCACAAUCAACAACCAUUACCAUCACCAAAUAUAAAUAUUGAUUCAUUAAAACGUACAAAAAGUGUUACAAAACUGGAACGACAAAAACGUCUUCAACAGCCUUUAUUAAACCCAAAUAAUCAGCAAAUAUCUCCAUCUCUUCAUAGCAUUCCAGCAAAUCGAUCUCGUUCACAUGAAUCUCUAUUUGUAUUAAACGGUACUGCUGGUAAUGGUCCAUUAGGAUCAAUAUCAACAACAAUUCCGAGUCAAUUAAUAUUAGAUCAUUGUCACAUACGUCGGUUACAUCCAAGUAUUUUACAAGCAGCGUCUGAUAUAAAUGAUGAACAUUUUUCUCCUUAUCAAUGUGUUCAAAUACGAAAUAAAAAUGAGAAAAAAAACUACUAUCUACGUUCAAAACAAUAUUCAACUGAUAGUUCAUUAUUAAUAAAUAAUUUAAGACAAACAUCGUUAGAGACAAUAACCAAUUUAUGUGGUUUGAGAACAGAUAAUUCUUUGGAUAUAUGGAUUUUAGAAGCAAAAGGUUUACCUGUCAAGAAAAAAUAUUAUGUAAAAAUUUUUCUUGAUGAUGGCAUUUAUGGAAAAACAACGAGUAAAGAACGACGUGAAAUACUUUUUUGGGGUGAAAAUUUUACAUUCAAAGAUAUACCCGAAGGUUGUUCAACACUACGUUGUAAAAUAUAUCGAGAAACGGAACGUCGUAAACAAAAACAAGUAAAUGGAAAUGACAUCGAUUUAAUUGGUUACGUUGAUAUUCCAUUAUCAACAAUAACCGGAAAUCAAUUUAUCGAGCAAUGGUAUCCAUUACAAAUACCUUCUGGUUUAACUAUUACAGGAAAGGAAAAAUCACAAAGAUUACAAGAUGGAUCGUUCAAUAUUAGAAUCAAAGCUAAAUAUCAAGCUAUACAGAUUUUACCAAUUGAAUCAUAUUUACAUUUGCAAGAAUAUAUCCGACGUGAUUAUCUACGACUUAUUAGAAUUCUCGAACCACAUAUUAGUUUACGAGAUAAAGAUGAAAUUGCGACGUCAUUGACCCGUAUUGCUCAAUCUCUUUCAUUUUCUACAUCAUUUCUUGUUGAUAUUGUUCAAGCAGAAAUCUUAUCAACACCUGAUAAUUCUCUAAUGUUUCGUGGUAAUUCCAUUGCAACAAAAUCCAUGGAAGCAUAUAUGAAAUUAAUUGGCGAAACAUAUUUACGUGAAACAUUAACACGAUUUGUAACAGAUAUUGUUUCAUCGAAAAAUUCCAAUGACAUGGAUUUAGAAGUUGAUCCAGGUCGUGUAUCCAAUCUUCAAAAUUUGGAACGAAAUCAAAUAACAUUAAGAUUAUUAUGCGAAAAAAUUUGGUUAGAAAUUCAACAGUCACAUUCAUUAUUUCCUCAGGAAUUGAAGCGUAUCUUUUGGAAACUUCGACAAUUAUCAUCAUCCGAUGAAACUAUGUUUAAUUUAAUAAGUGGUUCGGUGUUUCUUCGUUUCCUUUGUCCAGCAAUUUUAUCACCAAAUUUAUUUGGUCUGACCCAAGAAUAUCCAAAUGAAAAAUCAUCUAGAAAAUUAACAUUAAUUGCUAAAACAUUACAAACUUUAGCGAACUUUUCUAAAUUCGGUCCCAAAGAAUCUUACAUGAAAUUUAUGAAUGAUUUUGUUGGGAAAGAAUCGGAAAAUAUGAGAAGGUUUCUAGCACAGAUCUCGACAAUCGAUCAUGAUUAUGAUGAACCACGAUAUUCACAUAGAAAUAAUCUUCACGAUGACAAAUGUGAUAUUGAUUUAGGUCGAGAAUAUUCAAUUCUUCAUUCGACGCUUGCUGAUUUAUUUGAACAAAUUGAUUUUAAUACUCGUCGAACGUUAAAUGAAUUAGAAUAUGUUUUAACUGAAUUAACAAAUAUAAAAUUAUUCUAUGCGACAACACAAAAUGGAACACAAAUUCAUUUACAUCAUCAUCAUCAUCAUAUUUAUCAUCAUUUAUCAACGCCAUCCGAGCAUUAUUACAAUCGUUUAGAUAAACAACCAAACGAUAAUCGCCUAUCGCCCUAUGGUAGCCAAAUAUCCUUAUCAUUAACAGGUACAGGUACAACAAAUGAUUCAUCACAAGGCUAUCAUUCAAUAUCAGAAUCACCAACAAUCACAACUGUCGAAAAUCUCAAUAAAGAAAAUAUUCGUACGCCAUUGUCUUUCAAAAAUCCCAUUUUUAAUAAUCAAAAAAUUCAAAUUGAUGACAAUAAUCACAGUGAUUUAUCUGAUGACGAUAAUCAAAUUAAUUUAAAUCAAACUCUACCAGAUUCAUCAAAAGCACUUUAUUUUAUUAAUAGUCUUUGCAUUGAAUCUCUAAAAAAUUCAUCGUCUUCUUCUACUUCUCAGCAAUCACUUGUUCAUUCAGCUAGUCGACAAUCAUUACAACAGCCGUUAUUUGUUUUAAAUAAUAGUUAUAUGACAAGAAGUACGCAAAGUUUAGCAUCAUCAGCAAAUAUGAAUACACCUAUUAAAACAAAUAAUUCAACAUCAACAACCUAUUAUUGUGUAAAAGCACAAGAUCAAUUUAAUGGAGCAAAUAAAAGGCAAUCAAUUGUAUCGUCUCAACAAUUAUUACCGCCAAAAAUGGGUGUCAAAGCACUUAAUCAUACUUCAACAUCAAAUAAAGAUAUUGUUAUUGGUCAACGUUCGCCACUGUUAAAUUUAUAUCAAGAAGAAAAAUGUCGUCGAAUAGAGUCUGAAAAACAAGCUGAAAGACUUCACAAUGAAUUACAUCGAUCAAAUGAACAAAUUGAAGAAUAUCGACAUUUGAUUGGUUUGUUAAAUGAGAAAAGUUUCACAACUAAUAUUGAUAAUAUUAAUUUAAUUGAUUAUUCUGAUGACGGCGACGACGACGACGAGGACAAUAGCGAUGACAAUGAUGUUCAACCGAUUGAAAAAAAUUUUUGUCUCGAUGAUAAUACAGAAAAUAAAUUUAUUUUUUUGUAUAGUAAACCCCCAUUGCCACCGGAUGAUGAAGAUGAUGAUGAUGAUUUAUCAAUACUUUCACAUCUUGAAAAUGCGAUUGAAUGA